UAACCUUGGGAAUACAGUUCAUUCGGAAACGAAAGGUAUUUGGAUUUGGUGCAAAAAACAUCCAACGCAAUCGGGGCAAGUGCUGGUUUUGGUCGAUACGGAGGGUUUGGAUGAUCCAAAAAAGGGAGACCAAGAUCAUGAUAACAAGCUAUUCUGUCUGACCCUCCUGCUUUGUAGUACGCUGAUCAUCAAUAUGAAAGAAGCGUUGAAUUACAACAACUUGGACAAGUUAGCAUUUAUUGUCUCGCUGUCAAAUGGUAUCAAAAUUCUUAAUGGUGAGGAUGAGGAAAAGCAUAACGCCAAAAGCAUCCCUGUUGCUUCACCACGUUUGAUAAUAUGCAUCAGAGACUUUUACCUGAAAAAUGUCAAAGAAGGUAAAAGUCAAACACCCAAUGUAUACCUUGAGGAUAUGCUUGAACCAGAACCAGGAACAAAGCCUGAACAUGUAAAAUUCAACGAAAUCAAAGAAUCGAUCAAACAGUAUUUUCCGAAGAGAAAAUGCUUUACAUUGGCACAACCAGCAAUGGGUGAAGAUCUACAGAAUAUCGAAACACUAGAUGAAAAUUCUUUGAAUAAGAAUUUUUUGAAAGAUAUCAAAGGUUUUCAAAAACAUGUGUACGAGAGGAAACCGAAAUACGUAUACAAUACUAGCCAAAAGACUUUAAAAGGAGCAGGUGAAUAUUGCUUUUUUAAUUCAAACUGCUAA